AUGUGAUAUAUUAGUAGAAAAACUUCUUACUGUAGAGAAACACCUUAAUGUAAAGAAAUAUCUUAGUGUAGAGUAUCUUGAUUUUGCUGAAUUAGAUCAAGAGAUAGGACGGAUAUAUAACAUUCGGUAUAGUGUAAUAUUUCCACCUUAA